AUGGCUACUCCACGGCGGUUACCCGCGCAGGCCGCGCAGGCUGCGCGAAACUUUGCGACGGUUCGAACAUACGGCGGCCUCAAGGAUCAGGACCGCAUCUUCCAGAAUCUCUACGGUCGGUUGCCCCCGACGCUGGCCUCGGCGAAGAAGAUGGGCGAUUGGCACAAGACGAAGGAGAUCAUUCUUAAGGGACACGACUGGAUCAUCAGCGAGGUCAAGGCCUCGGGUCUCCGUGGCCGUGGAGGCGCCGGCUUUCCCUCGGGACUGAAAUGGUCGUUCAUGAACUUCAAGGAUUGGGACAAGGACGACAAGCCCAGAUACCUGGUCGUCAACGCCGAUGAGGGCGAGCCCGGAACCUGCAAAGACCGCGAGAUCAUGCGAAAGGACCCCCACAAGCUCAUCGAGGGAUGCCUCGUCGCCGGCCGAGCCAUGAACGCCACUGCCGCCUACAUCUACAUUCGCGGCGAGUUCGUCCAGGAGGCCGCUGUCCUCCAAAACGCCAUCAACGAGGCAUACAAGGAUGGUCUGAUCGGCAAGAACGCAUGCAACUCGGGAUACGACUUCGAUGUCUUCAUCCACCGCGGUGCCGGUGCCUACGUCUGCGGUGAGGAGACGUCCCUUAUCGAGUCCCUCGAGGGCAAGCCCGGAAAGCCCCGCCUCAAGCCUCCCUUCCCCGCCGCCGUCGGUCUCUUCGGCUGCCCGUCGACCGUCGCCAACGUCGAGACCAUCGCCGUCGCCCCUACCAUUUGCAGACGUGGUGGCAACUGGUUCGCCGGCUUUGGCCGCGAGCGUAACCAGGGAACCAAGCUCUACUGCAUUUCCGGUCACGUCAACAACCCUGUUACCGUCGAGGAGGAGAUGUCGAUACCCCUGCGCGAGCUCAUCGACAAGCACUGCGGCGGUGUCCGUGGCGGCUGGGACAACCUUCUGGCCGUUAUCCCCGGUGGAUCCUCCACGCCCAUCUUGCCCAAGAACGUCUGCGACAACCAGCUCAUGGACUUCGACGCCCUGAAGGACAGCCAGUCCGGUCUGGGUACUGCCGCCGUUAUUGUCAUGGACAAGAGCACCGACGUUGUCCGGGCCAUCAGCCGUCUCUCCCACUUCUACGCCCACGAGUCCUGCGGCCAGUGCACGCCCUGCAGAGAGGGUAGCAAGUGGACGGACCAGAUCAUGAAGCGCUUCGAGAAGGGCCAGGGCCGGCCACGCGAGAUCGACAUGCUUCAGGAGCUCACCAAGCAGGUUGAGGGCCACACCAUCUGCGCUCUUGGUGAGGCUUUCGCCUGGCCCCUUCAGGGUCUCAUCAGACAUUUCCGCCCCGAGCUGGAGAAGAGAAUGGAGGAGUACGCCGCGCAGAACGGCGGCGCCAACGCCUUGGGUGGUGGCUGGGCGUCUGAUGCCCGGGCUCAGGGCAAGUUGGUUUCGCCAGGACAGUAA